CAGACAGAAAGAUGGAUGGAUGGAUGGAUAGAUGGAUGGAUGGAUCAGACAGACAGACAGACAGACAGACAGACAGCUUUGCCUUCUCCUGAUUGGCUAGUGUCACUAUGAUUGACCAGCUAUAGACUAUGGUCCGCCCACCCAUAGAGCUCCUCCAAUCAGGCUUUGGAAACUGUAUUAUAGUCUUAUAUACACAGAUGGUCCCUGAAUUCAAUGGUACGACUUAAUUUUUUGUGAUCCUACGAUGGCGAUAGCAAUACGACAAAAUUAUAAAAUCUUUGUACAUUUCUCACAGCAGGCAAAUGUUGAACCGGUGCUCGUCCACGCCCACGUCUUGAAUUACCAUAUUUUUAAGUUACUACUUGGUCAUCAGAACUCAUAAUUUGUAACAGAAGUAACUAUAAACGUUUUCACACAGCUCUGACUCAGCUAGCUCGAGGUAACUAGGUGAUAAAUAUCGUGAGGCGUAUCCUGCACCGUACAGGCAUGUCUCAGAGUUGACUCCGCCUCCUGCAUUAAACCCGAACCCUCGCAUUUAUAACAGGGUUGUGGAUUUUUUUUUUUUUUUUUACCGCACCACGAGGCAUCAGUUGUUUUCUCUGGAGGAUUUCUUUCCACACAAAGUCAGCGUAAAGAAGUUUGCCGAACAUAAAGGAACGUUCAGGAGGAAAAAACACGAACACAAACAAAACGGAGAAAAACCGAAACGAGAUCUUUUCUGGAUUUGAAUCAUCGAAAAUCACAAAAUCAUCGAGAAAAAAAAUGUUGGCGAGGAGCAUUUCGGCUCGAGUAAAGCGUGAAAAAAAAAAAAAAAACAGCUUGGAUCGAAGCCAGAGUGUUCACUAACCGACAGGAGGAGGAUUUGGGAAAGAAGGAGGGAAAAACUCGUCCUCUUCCCUCCUUUUACUCCUCCUUUCUCUCUCUCUCCCUCUCCUGUUCUCCUGCUCCUCCGGAAAGGGCGACUUGGCCUCGAGCCUGGAGUGCACGGGGUCGUUUCAGGUCAGCCCCAGCGUGUUUGGUGCAUAGGAAGUGCACAGAGUUACACGCUCGCUGUAUUUCACUUCCUCGUUUUCACGUGCCAGAAAGAGAGAGAGAGUGACGGAGAGAGAGAGAGACGGAGGAAGCUCGAGCAGGCCGAAGCCUGAGACGUAAAAACUAUCGCCUUUUUUUUUUUCCUUUGGUUUACACAUUAAACACGACAAGAGUUCACAUGUGAAGCGCACGAGGGAAGGACAGAGGCACCUGGUCGCCUCGGCCGGCGAGGAUAUGCCUGAACAGGGCAAUCGUGUGAAGGCUCGUUUCAUGCCUGGGAGAGAUGAAGUGAGCGCAGUGUGUUUCACCAGCACCAGCAACCUGUAGCAUUGUGAUCCUGUGCCUCUCAGACCGCCACACACACACACACACACAUACACACACACACACACAUUUACAAUCUUACACACUCACACACACCCACAGACGGACGGACAACUACAACAGAGCGCCAUCCGACUGUUGCCGCUAUCAGCCAGAAAGGGGAUGACUGAGCGCGUCCACAACAUCAACCUACACAACUUCAGCAGCUCGGUACUGGAGACCCUGAACGAGCAGCGCAACCGUGGGCACUUCUGCGACGUGACGGUGCGCAUCCACGGCAGCAUGCUGCGUGCCCACCGCUGCGUGCUCGCCGCCGCCAGCCCCUUCUUCCAGGACAAGCUGCUGCUGGGCUACAGCGACAUCGAGGUGCCGGCGGUGGUCUCGGUGCAGUCGGUGCAGAAGCUCAUCGACUUCAUGUACAGCGGCGCACUGCGCGUAGCCCACUCGGAGGCGCUGCAGAUCCUCACGGCCGCCAGUAUCCUGCAGAUCAAGACCGUCAUCGACGAGUGCACGCGCAUCGUCUCGCAUGCCUCAGCCCAAGAGACACCGCGUGGCACACCUGACUCGGGGACCUCGGGUCCGGGGAGCGAUGUGGAGCAGGGCAUAGAACGUGCCUAUACCUCGGUCUAUUCCGGCCUGGAGCUGCAGAACGGCACGCGGAGUGAACGCCAGCACUUCACCAGCGUCUCCAUCCCCAGCAACUUCGAUUCCCUGCAGCAAAAAGAAGGUGUGCAGGACCCAUCGCUGUGGGUGAGCCGGUUGCAUGAGCGCCAGCAGCAGGCCGAACGCUUCCUGGCCUCGUCCGAGACCACGCACUGCCGCAAGCAGCCUCGCCCGGUCCGCUUGCACACGGCUGACCACGACGUGCGCAUCAAACAGGAGAGGACGACCGAAGAGACGUAUGGCUGCUACGGAUUAGACGUGGAUGAUGCCAACGGGGAGCCCAAAGGGGAGAGCUUCGAUUCGGGCGUCAGCUCCUCUGUGGGCACUGAAAACGACCCGUCGGAGCAGCACUUCAUGCCCGUGUUUGGGCGUGAGGGCGAGGCAGAGGUGGGCACGCCAGUGCACAUCGACGUCACCGAUUCGUCCCCGGAGCAAAGCCAGGAGAUGGGCGAAGACAACAACAGCGGCGACGGAAGAGACAUCAUGAUGGACCAGCCACCGCUGUCGAACCCGAUCGUUCCCAGUUCCGUUCCCGGAGGGCAGCUUUACAUCCGCCCCUGUGACACCAUUGCGGCGAACCUGCGCAUGCCCCUGACGCUCGCCAGCAGCGCCAACUCGUAUUUGCCCACUUUGUUUGCCCCGCAGCCCUCAGCCAACGAGAACAAGCCCUUCCUCUUCAGCCUGCCGCAGACCGUCAGCUCCCAGCAGCCCCAGUUCGUAGCUGUGCCGCCCCACAGCAUGGCGCCGUUCCCCGGCGGCCUGAGCGGAGUGCCGAGCGCCGGCGCUCAGCAGCAGCAGCAGCCCAACGCCACCGGAGUGGUGCAGCAGGGCGAGAAGAAACCGUACGCCUGCACCCUCUGCUGCAAAACCUUCACUGCCAAACAGAACUAUGUCAAACACAUGUUCGUGCACACCGGUGAGAAGCCGCACCAGUGCAGCAUCUGCUGGCGCUCGUUCUCCCUGAAGGAUUACCUGAUCAAGCACAUGGUGACCCACACGGGCGUGCGCGCCUACCAGUGCAGCAUCUGCAACAAGCGCUUCACGCAGAAGAGCUCGCUGAACGUGCACAUGCGCCUGCACCGCGGCGAGAAGUCCUACGAGUGCUACAUUUGCAAGAAGAAGUUCUCUCACAAGACCCUGCUGGAGAGGCACAUGGCUCUGCACAGCACCGCGCCCGGGGUCACUGGGGUCGUCACCGGGGUCACUGGGGUUGUCACCGGGGUCACCGGGGUCACCGGCGUCGUCUCCGGGGCCAACCCCGCGGGCCCCGCCUCCAUCCCGGUGCAGAUGGCCGUCCCCGAACCCGGCCCCGGAGUGGUGGCCCUGGCCAUGCCGGUGGGAGGAGGCGGAGCCGGGGGAGGAGUCAGCGGAACCGGAGUGGGCGUGGCCUCCGAGGCGAGCUGCCAGGAAGCGACGACCUACAUGUGCUCCGUCUGCCCGGUCAAGUUCGACCAAAUCGAGCACUUCAACGACCACAUGCGCAAGCACGUCUCCGACGGAUAAGUACGGAAACGAAAAAUAUAUACAUAUAUAGAUAUAUAUAUAUAUAUAUAUAUAUAUCUCUCUCUCCACACAAAGGUUUAAAAAAAAAAAAACUUUUUAAACAACAACAACAAAAAAAAAAAAGAAUGAAAAUUUAAAAUAAUGGCACUAGAUUUUUUUUUGUUUGUUGGUUCGUUUGUUUGUUUUCCCUAAAAUUUGGGGCAUGAAGAGUAAUGAGUAUAGACACUGGCACAUUGAGUUUGAGUUUUCCCAGAAAACAAAAAUUGUUCUUUUUUUUGGUCGUUUUUUGUCGUUAUUCUUAAAGAAUUAAAAAAAAAACAUAGAUGGUGGCCUUAAGGCUGUGUAGUUGGAGAAUGAUCCACUGGAUGGAUCCAAACUACUGGCCUCUAAAUGUAUGAUUUCCUUACUGAUUUAUGUGUUGAACACUACCGAAAGGCCUGCGAAAGACACACACACACACACACACACACACACACACACACACAGACUACUUAUACACCUACACACCGUCGAGUGAUUUGUAUUGUAUCGUAUGUGUGUGCGUGUGUGUGUGUGUGUGUGUGUGUGUGUGUGUGUGUGUGUGUGUGUGCGCGCAAAAAAAAAAAAAAAAUUUGAACCGUUUUCCCAUGUAGACCGUACUGGAUGCCACCGGCGUCCUGAUUACUGUGGUAAACCUUUAAAAAAACAAAAAAACAAAAACGUGUCUCGGAAUCGGUGGGAAAAUCGAAAACGGUCACGCGUUUGCCUUUGCGUUCGUUCGGAAUUCCACACUGGGAUUUUUAUCGUAUUUACUAAUUAAAAAAACGGAUUCGAGUCGUUGCACGGAAAUAAAGAAAACGUCCCUUUAUUACGAUAAAAAAAACACAAUAUCUGUAUCCUUUCUCUCUCUCUCUCUCUCUCUCUCUCUCUUUCUCUCUCUUUUCCACGGCUCGGAGCGAGGGAUCGAGGGUUUUUUUGUAUUAAUUUGUAAAUUUUUUUGGUCAGUUAGUAUUUUCUUCGAGAUUCCUGAUUUUUUGCGAACACUGCCACAAAAAAAGAAGAAGACUGUUAUAUGAUCUCUUCCUAAACGAGAAAAAAACCAGACGAAGAAAAGAAAGAGGCCCAGGGUACUUCUUUUUAUCGGUCAUGAUUCCUAGAUAAACAUUUCAGCAUUCUCAUUUCCCCCAUGAUUUAUAAAAAAAAAAAAGUUAGGAAGUAAAUAAAUUCCGGGGCUCAGACGCAGACGCAGACGCAGACGCAGGCUAGGUGUUAGCCUCCUCUUCACGCGCCCAGACUGUUACACCCUGGCGUGGCAUUGUGAAGCUUUUCUCUCGCGUCUUUUCUCCACGAGCGACCCGGAUACUAAUAACAGCCCCGCUCAAAAAU